AUGGCGGAAGUGGCGAUUCAUUUGCACCUCCAUUCGCACGCGCACCCGCCUGGCCCGAUCAACGAUGGCUCGCUGGCAUACAGACUUGAGGACUACCUGCUGUCGGCUUCGUGCCUCAUGGAGCUGAACGCCUUCGCGCAGCGCCACGCUUGGAAGUUCGACGAAGUGGGCCCCAGCUCGCCGAAGCACGACCACCCCCACGACUGGCACGACAUCUUCCAGGACCGAUUCUGCCUUGCGAUGUACGAGAUGAACCAGCAUAUGUCUGUCUUGUCGUCCAUCAUCCCGCAAGCGCAGGAAUACGAGGAAAUGAUGCGAAGAAGGACUGAUCAGUUCCUGGACCGGGAAGGGGUGACAGCGGAGCAAGCUGUGGAAGAAUGCUUUCGGAUGAAGAACGAAGGCAACUCCAAGUUCCAAUAUUUUGAAUACCUGGCCGCAGCCGUCGACUAUCGCAAGUUCCACGCGCUAAUGCUGGAUUUCAAGGAAGGGAGGCGCAACCUGACGCACUGGUGGACUUGCUUGCAGCUGGAGGAAGAUGAUUAG